AACAAACAGAUUGAUUGAGCUGUCAUUGUCGGGUUAUUAAUAGCCUUACUGUAUUGCCAAAAGUGUUUUUUUCUGUGGAACAAACAGCAGUCUGCGAGUGGAACAGUCAUGCCGAAAUUCUACAGCUGCUCUGUACCCUCCUGCCACAUAUGGGGCCCGAUCCAGAACUUUUUCAGCUUUCCACUCGAUCUGCGGAGCAGGCAAGCCUGGAUGGCCGCCAUUCCGGACCUGGAUGAGGUCAUCGACCACACUUCGGUGGUCUGCAAGAAACAUUUCGUGCUCGGGCCUAACCAGGCUCUGGAUCAACCUGCCGACCAGGCUUAUCUGAUUCCCACCAUUUUCGAAGACCAUACCGAAGACGUCGAGAAGAAGAAGUACUUUCCUAGAUACAUGUUCCAUCUCACCGACAGAGACGUGGCUCCAGAUACGUUCGGAGAUUGCGAGAGCUCUGACGUGGUCGACUUCAUCAUCGAAUUUUGCUUUUUGCAAGCCUACUAUAACGUCAGGUUGGGAGACCUCAUGAAUAAAUGGCAGGUUAGCUUCACAGAAACCCAAGCCUACUUCUACAAGUUGAGCCUCGACAACAUGGCCAAAAUAAAGUACAGCGUCAAAAUCGAUAAGAACCUGCAAGUGGAGAUAGCAGCCGGAGGUAGAAAAAUGGACCCUUUGGACCUAACCUGGGUGUUGCCAGCGACAUCGAAGAUUACCAGGUGGUCCCAGCUAAGGGCCAUUCUUUUCGAGUACGGAGGGGCAUAUAGAGUUGGGAACAAAUGAGGAUCCAAUACAGGGUGAUUUAUUAUGAAUCGCACAUAGAGCAAUAGUAGAAUCAUCAAUUAGUCGAAUUAUGUUGAUUGUUAACAAUUUACAGGUGUUCAAUUCAAUGCUCUGUGCAGAAUUCAUUAUGAACACCCUGUAAACAAAUGCGUUUCUGUUAUUUUAUUUAUUGUAUAAGUAAACGAGUUCUAGAUGUCUUCUGAGUGCUUUUUAAUUUUGAGAUACAAGGUGUCCCGAAAA